AUGGGCUACAUACGCAACGCCAGUCCAAAUCGCAAUGGGCAUCGUAAAUCUCAGACGAUCAAGGUCGGACAGCUUACCGGCGGUGCAGACGCAAAUGGCGGGGCGGUGCGAACAAUGCCCAUGUCGCAGGAUUCGCUGUUACCUCGAGUCCUGGAUAGCCACGGAAUGCCAGGAACCAAUACCCGAUAUUUCAGACGAGACGUCAAAGCAUCCUUCUUGCAGCCGAUGAUGAACGGAAUGCAAGCCAAGAGACACACCGCUUGGUGCCGACCACGAUCAUUCCUUGCUCAUUGA